AUGCUCGGUUCGACAAAAGCGGCGUCUGCUGUCGCUUCGUCUUCUGCUGCCGGCGUUGCGGGUGGUUCCAGCGGUGGGGGUGGGUUCUCUGCGGUUGCUGCUAAGGCUGUACCGUUGGGUCGGUCCGGCUCGUAUAAAUCGACGGCUCUGGCGAUCGGAGCAGGAAGCAAGGGGGGAUUGGGAUUGGGAGCUGGGGGCGGUGAGAGAGGCAAGGACGGCGGGGAGAGCGCGAGAGCAGGAGAGGAACGAGGGAAAGAAGGGGGGGCAGGAGCAGGGGUAGCAGCAAGAUCUGCAGGCAUAGCAGGACCAGCAGGGUUUGGAGGGAGGAAAGACGGGGGAACGGAGGGCUCAGGCAAAGGGGGUGAGAAGAAGGGAGAGGAGGCGAGGAAAGGUACAGGUGGAGGAGGAGGUGGAGGAGGUGGGGGAGGAGGUGAAGGGAGUGGAGGAGUGCGGGAGAGAGAGGGCGGGGAAAGGGAGGACGGGGACAGAGAGGAGGGUGCCAGGCGUAGAAAGAAGAGGCGAGUAGCGAGGUUUUUGGAGGAGGAAGAGGAGGAUGAGGAGGAGAAGGAUCGGAGGUUCAUUGCUUCGGAUGAUGAGGAUGAAAUGGAUGUGGGUGGGAGCAGCAGAGGAGGAAGGGGAGGAGACGCGCGGUACAGAUCGUGGAAGGAAGGAGGAACAGAGGAAGGUGCCGAGGAAGGUUCGGAAGAAGGUGCGGAGGGAGGGUUGUACGGGGAAGAGGAAGAGGAGGAGGAGGAUGAGCAGGUGGCUGGGUGGGACAGCGUGUGUUAUAUCUGUGAUGAUGGUGGUGACUUGGUGUGCUGUGAUGGUCCAUGUAUGAGAUCUUUCCAUGUGGAACCAGAUGAUGAGGAGGAGAAGCGGAGGGACAAGUUCCACUGCCCGACUAUUGGACUGACGGACAGUGAGGUGCAUGAGAAGGAGACCUGGCUGUGCCCGAAUUGUGCAUCAAUGUCUGCCAGAGCUGCUGCUGCCGCUGCUGCUGAAUCAUCCUGGUCAGCACAGGAGAAAGGACAAGCAGCAGCAGCAGGAGCUGCGGCAGGGGGAGCAGCAGGAGCGGUGGGGGAGAAGGGGAAGGGGAGGAAGAGGUCGUGGAUUGAGAGGGAGAGGGAGGAGAGGGAGGCGGCUCUGAGGGCGAUGGAUAGCAUAGGAGGCAUUCAAAGCCGCAAGGGCGGGCUCACUCACAAGGAGAUGGCGCAGAGCUGGAACAAAGGCAAGGCCCCACGGCACAUGUUUCAGUAUCCCUGCGACCUGGACGCGUCUAGAGCUCGCCUGAGCAAGAUAUUCGAGGAUGCAGCGAAGCAGGUCACAGAACAGACGGCCAAGGCCGGCCUUGCCGUCCCACGCAUGUAUCAGCACUGCCACAACAACGCAGGCUCUGGCUCGGGCGGCAACGGGGGCGGCAAUGCGGGCGGCAACAACAACAACAACCAGGGCGGCAACCCUCGGAAGAUAGCGCUAAGCAAGCUCGAAUCAAUCCUCCACGCAGGGGAAAAGGCUCGGAAUUUCUUAGCCAAGGAGCUGGAGCAAGCAGGGGUGUUGUCAGCCCAAGCGCUGCAGCAGGCAAUGGGUCUCUGCCCGAAGAUGCAGCUGCAGCAGCUGAACGUUAUCGGGAGCACCUUGCGGGUAUACCUCUCCCCGUACGUUCACGGGCAGCGGUACACUUCAUUCGGGCGGCAUUUCACGAUGCCCGAGAAGCUUAACGAGGUGGUGGAGCGGCUGGUGCCUUAUAUGGAGGAUGGGGACGUGCUGGUGGAUUUCUGCUGCGGGGCGAACCACUUCUCGCUGAUCGCAAGGCAUCGGCUGGAGGAGGCGGGGAAGCGGUGUGGGUUUGCCAACUUUGACAUCAUGCGGCCUCCCAAUGAGUUCUGCUUCGUCAAACGAGAUUGGUUCUCAGUCAAGAGGAACCAGCUACCCCAAGGCAAUCGCCUCAUCAUGGGCCUCAACCCGCCCUUCGGUGUGCGAGGGCAACUCGCUUCGAAUUUUUCGGGCCGUGCGGCCUCCGUCUUUCGACCCAAGCUCAUCAUUCUCAUUGUCCCCCCGGAGACGCGACAACUGGGCCCACUUGGGUAUACGCUACUGUGGAGGGACGAGAAGAUUUUCGAGAAUCGCGCGUUCUACUUGCCAGGGUCGCAUGAUAAGGACAACAAGACAAUGAAUCAAUGGAAUAAUAUCCCUCCGCCAUUAUACCUCUGGUGCCGCAAUGACCUCGUCCACCGCUACGGUCCGUUGGCGGACCGGCUCGGGCACACAAGGGGCCUCUUCUCUUCUCCACGGCCCAUGCCUCCCUCGUUGCUUGCAGAGCUCAAAGUUGCAACCUCCAUUUCCACCACAGGACUCGACCCUGCUUCCAUCGCUGCUGCUGAAUCGCAAGCUCUGAUACUUCUCGGACCUAACAUCUGGGCUCGGGCUGGCUGUGGCUUGGCCGAGGGAAGAGCUUCGGGAGAUGAUAUUGGGGGUGGUGAUGAAGGCGGUGGUGUUGCUGGUGGUGGUGAUGGUGAUGAUGCUGCUGCUGCUGCUGUUGGUAACGGGGAUGGAGGGCAGCAGCUAUAUUUGGAAGAGAGGGGGAAUGAAGGAAGGGAGAUGGUUGGGCUGGAUGUCCUGGGCAUUGAUAAGGGCGGAGGAGGAGGAGAGGGAGAUCUGGAGGGUAGAAAGAUGGUGGGGAUGAAGCAGCUACGGAGGGAGGAGGAGGAUAUGAAUGUGGAACGAAUUGUGAAGGUGAAGCAGGAGUAUGAUAAUAUGGGUGAGAAAGGAGUGGGUGGUAGGGGUGGGAUUGAUGGGGGCAGGUUGGGAGGCGAGAGGUUGGGAGCCGAGAGGGGGUUGGUGGUUGGUGAUUUGAGUCCGAGGGUAAAAGUUGAGAUAGGGAGUGAGAAGAGAGAUGAGGAUGGGAGGAAGGAGACUGAGAAAGAGAAGAAGGAUAGGGAGAGGAAGGAGAGGAAGGAGAAGGAAAGGGAGAGGGAUAGGGAGAGGGAGGAGAGAUUGAGGAGGAAGGAGAGGGAGAGGGAGAAGGAAAGGGAGAAGGAGAGGAAAAGGGAGAAGGAGAGGGAGAGGGAGAGAGAAAAGGAGGGGGAGGUGCAGAAGGAGAGAAUGGAGGGUCAUGGUAGAGAGGGAGAGGAGAAGGGUACAAUUAGUGAGAAGGGGGAGGAGAGAGCUGCCAAGGAUACUAGGGACAAGGACGGGCAGAAGGUCGAGGGGGAAGGGAGGGAGGGUAGAGAGAAGAGAGAGGGGAGGGAGGCAAGAGAGGGGAGAGAGGGAAAAGAAGGGAAGGAUGGGAAGGAUGGGAAGGACAGAAGAGGUCACGAUGAAGAGAGGACAGCAGCAGACCGUCAGAAAGAAAGGGAGAGGGAGAAGGAGAGGGAGAAGGGGAGGGAGAGGGACAGGGAGAGGGAGAAGGAGAAGGAGAGGGAGCGGGAGAGGGAGAGGGAGAAGGAGAGGGUUCGGGAAAAGGUGAGACAGGACGAAAUUGCAGAGAUGGGGCGAAGGAGAGAGGUGAGGCGAGAGGAGUGGAGGAGGGAGGAGGAGCAGUGGGCAGGGGGUGUGGGGAGGGCAGGCAGGUCCCGGAGGGGUGAGUCUGAGGCUAUGCAGAGCUGGGCGGAGCAGCAGCAGCAGCAGCACAGGCGUGGAUCACUGUCAGGGAGGCUGGAAGGAGAGAGGGGUGUGUAUGGAGGGGAGCGGGGGCGAUACGAGAGAGAGAGGGGCCGGCAGGAGGAGGGAGGGCUUGUGAGGAAGGGCUAUGAUGAGGGGCGUGACAGGGGCUAUGUUAGAGACCGCGGGCGAAGCGCAGAGAGAGGAGUUGAUGGUUGGCUGGAGAGGGGCGGUGAUAGAGGUGUUGAGAGGGGUGUUGAUGGGAGUCAGUACGAUGCGAGGGAUCGUGAGCAUCGGUAUAUGCGAGGGAGGGAUGUGGAUGGGGGAGAGAGAAGGGAAGGGGGGUAUGAGGAGCAGGGGGGUGGAGAGGAGGCGUGGAACGAGCGGGGAGGGAGAGAGUAUCGAGAUGCGGAGGAGAGGGGGCAGAGGGAGCAGGAAGCGGCAGAAGGAAGAGAAGCAGGAGAGUUUGCCUUGGAUGCACCACCGGCACCGCGCGGCCCGCACCCCCCCAUGUUCGUCAGCUCUCAAAACUCCCUCUCAGGCGCCAUCAGAGUCCCCAUCUCGUUUGGUGCGCUCUCUGCGGCCAACAAUGUUCCCUUGGGCGGUCAGGGCAUGCAGGGGAGAGUGAUGUCUGCUGUGCCUCCUGGGUUCGGGCCGGACGAAGGCCAGCAGGGGGGCUUCAUGCUCCCUGGGGAAGGAGAAGGCGGCUUGAGGCAGCAUGAGCAGCUGUCGCAGCGAGCUGGCGGUCCGGGGGGUGCUGCUGUACUCGUUAGUAGCUCAGGCCGCAUCCUGAGAGGAGCCGACCAGAUGGAGAGCUUCCUGCGCAAUGCAGAGCGGAUGGAAGCGGCAAGAGCAGCAACCGGAGGAGCCGAGCAGAUGGAGAAUUUCCUGCGCAACGCAGAGAGGCUUGAGGCGGGAGGAGGAGCGGCAGGCGGAGGAGGGGCAGGAGGAGGGGGAGAAGGGGGACCUGCGAUGGCUGGUGGUGGUUUGAGCUCGCCCAUUCCACCCAUGCAUCAUCAGCUGCAGUUUGCAGCAGCAGAGGGUGGAUUGGGUGCUGGUGAUGCAGGGAGGGGGGAUUUCAGCAGCUUUCUCCGCAAUGCAGAGCGGUUGGAAGCGGUGCAUGCGGGGAGAUAUGCGGAGAUGCGCGGUAUGAGUGACAUGGGUGGGGGCAUGGGUGGGGGCAUGGGUGGGCUGCAAGGCGAGCUAGCAGGCGGCAUGAGAAGCGCAUCCAUGGGACCCAUGGGGCCUGUGAUCCGCACGCAUAUACCCCCGUUCGACCCGCAUACGCCCCCACCACCUCACAUGACUCUUCGUGGUCCCAUCCCUCCGGGCUUUGAAGACGGACCCCCCUUUUCAGAGCCGCGAUUCGGAGCAAGACCGCCUCACAUGCAGCAGCAGCUGGGGGAUCCUAUGGAACCUCUGACAGAUGUUGCGCCGGUGACCGUGCGCAUGGUCGGCACGCAUCGCGUGAUGGUUGUUGCAGAUUCGCCCGUCCGCCACUCGAUGGAGCAGCCGAGAUUGAUGGGGCACCUUCCCCCCAACAUGCCGCUAGAUCUGCAUGGCGGCAGGCCUCCCUUUUUCGGCCAUCAGCAGCAGCAACUGCAGCAUUUUGGAGAAAGCGUCCAGAUUCGUGGAAUCCACGAGCAGAGGUUUCCGGGACCGCCCCACCACAUGAUGCAAGGCCCGCCGGACUCUCUUCCUCCACGAGGUGACUUUUUUCGACCGCAAGGCCCGCGAGGAGAGUUUUUCCCUUCUCCGCAAGGAGGGCCACAUGGGCCUCCCCCACAUGGCCCUCCAUUUGGCCCGCCACCAUUUCCCAAUGAUCAAGGACCUAGGGGGCCUUUCCGUGGCUUCCCGCCCAUGGAUCCCCGUGGAGGAAUGGAGGACCAUCCGCGUUUUGGUGGUCGAGGCCCGUUCGAUGGUGCCGGUGGGCCGAAUAUUGGGGGUUGGAUUGAUGAGUAG